AUGGACAAAUCUUCUACUAUCUGUACAUCCGGAGAGUCUGAAUGCAAGGUCGUCGACGAGCAUUCGGAAUCACCAGCCCAAGGUGAAUCCACUCAAGGCGAGGAUGAGCUAGAGGGAGCUUUGUCCUGCGUGAAUGAUAUUUUGGAUGAGGCCACAAAAGAAAUGGAGGGCAUCGCACUUGAAAAAGCUAUCAUUGUGCUACGGGGCGCCAUCCGCGACGAAAAGGAUGAGGGAACACGGGCGACGGCUGAAGUUGGCCUGAUCAAAGCGCUUGUAACCCGGUUCGCUCGAUAUGGAUGGGUGGACGACUGGGUGGAAUCAGUGAACCUCUUGCAGAUGGAGGGGUUGAAUCCGUUCUCGUGCACGGGUGAAUCACCAAUAUCUGGCUCACGGGGCGCUCGUGAUGUCUCGCUGGCGCUCAAAUCUCUCCGAGAGUAUCGACAAUCCAUCGACAUGCCCAAGUUAGAGACCGCAAUCGUUGUCGCCAAUGAAGCUCUCGCUUCGUGUGACGACAAGAGCAACAGUCGAGGUCAUCUAUUGCUACGGACUGGGAACGCCCUGAUUCUUAAGUACCUGGCGUCCGAUGACGAGGCCAAUCUGGAUUUGGCUGCGGAAACAUUUCAGGAUGCUAAACGGCUUGCCAGAAGCGGCAAUCCAACGCUCUUCUUUGCACUUCUCAAUCUCCAGCAGAUCGCCUGCAUCAGGUUCAUGGAAUGCAAAGGAGAGGAAUCGGUUUGGAGGCUGGAGUUGAAGCAGUUGCGAGAGGAAAUGGUUCCCAAGGACGAUAAGGGGGUGGACGCGUACAUUCUGGGAUCCCAGUUGAUGGAAGGCGAUAGACUGCAGCUGGAGGAAUCCAUCUCGUAUUUCCGUCAGUCCCUUUCACUUCGAUCGCCAGGCCAUCCUAGACGCCAUGAGGUACUCUCCCAUUAUGCCAUGGCCCUAUGGAAACGAUUUCAUUACACCGGCGACUUACGCGACUUGGAAGAGUGCAUCACACUCUACAGGGAAGCGGUACUCUCCCUCCGCCCUCCAGCCUACCCCGAUCACCCCGACUCUCUCGAUAACCUGGCAAGCUUCCUUUUCACUCGCUUCCAACACAAGGGUGACUUCUGCGACUUGGAAGAGUGCAUCACAUUGCACAGGAAAGCACUCACCCUCCUCCCUCCGGGUCAUCCAGCCCGCCCCCGCUCGCUCAUCCAUCUAGCAACUACGCUUUCCGCCCGGUUCCAGAAAAAGGGCGACUUCCGCGACCUGGAAGGGUGUGUCACAGUGCUCAGGGAAGCGCUCGAUCUCCGCCCUCCAGGACACCCCGGCCGGCCCAGCGCGCUGGACAGUUUGGCAAACUCCCUUGCCACUCGGUUCCAGUGGAAAGGCGACGCUCGCGACCUGGACGAGUGUGUCACAUUGCACAGGGAAGCGCUCGCUCUCUUCCCUCGGGGCCACCCCGACCACCCCGGCUUGCUCAACAACCUGGCAAACGACCUUUCCACCCGGUUCAUGCACAAGGGCAACUUCCGCGAUAUGGAAGAGAGUAUAGAAUUGCACAGGGAAGCGGUCUCGCUCUAUCCUCCAGGUCACCCCAACCGCGCCAGGUCAAUCAAUAACCUGGCAAACUCCCUUUCCACCCGGUUCCAGCACAAGCGCGACUUCAGUGACCUAGAAAAGAGCAUAGAAUUGCACAGAGUAGCUCUCUCUGAGCACUCUCCAGGCCACCCCAACCGUCCCAGGUCGAUCAUGAAUUUGGCAAGCUCACUUUCCACCCGGUUCAAGCACAAAGGCGACCCCCGAGACCUAGACGAGUGUGUCACAUUAUUCAGGGAAGUGCUCUCUCUCAGCCCUGCCGGCCACCCCGACCGUCCUCGCUCCCUCAACAACCUGGCAGACUCGCUUUCUGACCGGUUCCAACACAAUGGUAACUGCUGCGACCUGGAAGAGUCUAUCGACCUGCACAGGGAAGCGCUCGCUCUCCUCCCUCCGGGCCAACCUGACCGCCCCAGCUCGCUCAACAACCUGGCGAACUCCCUUUCCACCCGCUUCGAGCGCAAGAGCGACUUCUGCGAUUUGGAAGAGUGUAUCGCAUUGCUCAGGGAAGCGCGCGAUCUCAUCCCUCGGGGCCACCGAAGUCGCCCUAUAUCGCUCUACAACCUGGCAAGAGCUCUCUCCACCCGCUUCCAACUCAAACAUGACUUCCACGACCUGGAGGCGGGCAUUGCAGCCCUGCGGGAUGCGCUUCUUCUGUGUUCACAUCCAGGUCUUGCCGUUGGAAGCAAGCCUGAUUCCAGUUACCCGUGGGCUGAUCAUCCCUUUCGGCUUACUGUGAUUGAGGCCCUUGCGACCGCUCUCAAAGCCAGGUCCCAUGCGACCAGCGAUGACAGUAUUCUGGAAGAAAUAUACGAACUUCUCAGGUCUGGCACUCAGUCCCAAGCGGCGUCGCCAUUGGCGAGGCUGGACCAUGCCAGAUACUGGAGUUCAACGUGCCGAGAGUUCGAUCGUUUAGAUAUGGCGCUGGAGGCUUACAACUAUGCCAUAGAAGUGCUCCCCCUGUUAGCCUCUCUCGACCUCACACUGGAACAGCGCCAAAACGUCCUCGUCCAUGCAAAAGAUCUGUCGAGGGACGCAGUACAGUGCGCGAUUGAGCAGGGACAGUUGGAGACGGCGGUUGUCUUUCUCUCCACCGCACGAUCAGUUUUCUGGUCUCAAGCUCUCCAAUUCCGGGGAUCUCUGGACCGACUCGACGCCCUCCACCCUGAUUUGGCGUCAGAGCUGCGUUCGGUUACUCGCCAACUGGAAAUUGCAACGAACGAAAACCCUCACUCCCAACCGGCAUCGGCUCACGGCCUGUCACGACGUCCAUACCUUCUCGCACAGAAGAGAGAAGAAAUCAUCGCACGGAUUCGGGCGACUGACGACUUUCAGGACUUUCUCCUCCCUCCUUCCUUCGACACACUCAAGAGCGCUGCCAGGGAUGGUCCGAUUGUCUUCCUGAACGCCAGCAGGUACGGAUGUGACAUCCUGAUUAUGAAACAGGAUGCCACCUUGCAUCGUCAUCGACUGUCCACAGACGUGAAUCAAAUUGUUGGUUUGACGGAUGCGACUCAGCAGUUAUCGCGAGGGCAGGCGGUUGGGAAACAACUUCAGCGCAAGAUUGACGACUUCUGCCAAAUCGAAACCCGAAACGCUCGCUUGCAGUUACGUCGCAGGAACAGAGGCACAGCGGACGACGACUUCAAGCAGCUUCUCGAAAUCCUCUGGGAUGUCGUAGCGCAGCCAGUUGUCAAAAUCCUCGGAUUGCAGAAGACCGACAACCCGCAAAGGCUAUGGUGGUGCCCAACAGGUCCUUUCGCAUUUCUUCCCAUCCAUGCUUCUGGGAUUUAUUCCAACAACCCUGAAGUGUCCGACUGUUUGUCGGAUUAUGCCGUUUCUUCGUAUUGCUCUUCUCCGCAAGACCUGAUCGCUCCACCACCAACGCCGAAUCCCGACUAUGAGAUGCUCGUCGUUGUCGAACCAGGAGAUUCAGGGCCGAGUAUACACUGCCUUCCAUUCACCAUGGAGGAGUUGAAGAAGAUUCAGCGUCGAAUCCCGCAUGAACGGCAUUUGGUUACUCGCAUAGGCUCAGCAGAGACUCCCUCCAACCCCGACACAAUCUUGGGCCACAUCAACUCAGCCUCUAUCGUUCAUUUUGGGUGCCACGGAUCUCAAGAUUUCUCGAACCCGUUGGAUAGUUCUUUGAUCCUCAGCGGGGGUCGUCUCACUAUGGGAUCGUUGAUACGAGGAUGCCGCACUUCUAAUGCUGCCCUUGCCUACCUGAGUGCCUGUGAGACUGCGAUGGGAGACCAAGAACGGCCCGAUGAAUCUCUCUCUUUGGCUGCGACUAUGCAGUUCGCCGGCUUCCGAAGCGUUGUCGCGACGAUGUGGGCAAUCCAAGACGAAGAUGCGCCUAUCGUAGCCGACGUCUUCUAUGAUCACCUCUUUCGCCAUGGUACAGCGGCUUCUCCUGAUAUAACUGAUGCAGCACCCUUGUCUUUCUCCCCCAUCAAGAUCCUCUGUCAGGGAGGCCAAGCGGUCCCAAUGCCCAGUCCCAACGCCGCUGCAGCAGGAUCGUCACCUACGCAUGCCCGGUCGGCCAAACAGCCCUCAGGGUCCGCGAAAUGCCUUACAUUAGAUGAGGACGAGGUCAGCCAAUGCGGUCUCCCUGCAACAAAGGGGCCACCAGGCCAACGCAGAUGCAACGUCCACCAUAAACAGUAUCAACGGCUUUGCAAGGACUACAAAGCUGCGCAAGCCCGAGUGGACACAGUCAGGGACGGCCAGCUCUUACCCACCAAAGAGCAGAUCAGCCAAAUCAACGACUAUUCGGUGGCCCGCCAGAAGCUGAAGUGGCUGGAGGACUACGUUGAAGCGAUUCGGGUGGAGCGGUAUGGCAGAAAGAUCCAUGGGACCCGCUUCUUUCUGAAGAUGGACACUGGACACAAAACGCGCAUCAACGUAUUGGCCAAAGAAAUGGAGAAAGUCAACGAACUCCGCUUUCUCCUCAGCACUCGAGCCCUUGAUUUAUACGCUGACGAACACCCCGAGGCUGAAUGGGCUCGACGGAUGGCAAAUGGCACGGAGAGAAGCAGCCGAGGAACAGAUCCGGGCUUUAGCAAGCUGAAGGAAGAGGCGUUUGAACGUGGAUCUCUUCCGGAGAUUGAUGAGGAGCUCGACCAGCAGAUGAGCAGACUGAGCACCUCCGAUGCUAGUGUCAAGGCUUCAUCUGAGGACGACGACCUUAUCUACCUCAAGAUUCAAGCCGACAGGCAGAAGAUUUGGUACACCUUUCAGCCAAUGUUUGAACCGGAAGCAGCUGCAGCUGCGAUGCUUGCUGAGCUCACAAGCCUUGGGGAUACGCCAUCCCAACCCAUCAUUCAAUACCACGCUCGAAUCGCAAGUUUGACGACGAUGCAGUACCUCCGACGCGCAAUCUUUCAUGACAGCAUUCUUCUCUACAAAGCUAUCGACAAGGUUUCCUUCAGAGACCUUUUCUUUAGCAAAGACUUCAACUUCGAGGAUGCUAUUGACUUGUUCGUUCACCUUCUGCGGAGGUACUACGUCGGGCUUCCCUGGAUGAAGGACUCCAUCUAUGAGGCUCUGGAGAUUUUCCACACGAACGAUCAAGCAAGAACCGCCAACCUGGGUAAAUUGGAGAAUCGCUUUCAGAUCUUGUAUGGAUGGAUUUACAACGCGCGACAUGUCAAGCCGAUUUCGAACGAAGUGUGGUGGAUACUAUUCCAGAUGGUGGGAUUUGAACAGAACACGGAGAAUCGCUUCGUCAGGAUAUGCAACACCUACGACGAUGUUAUUGGGUUCCUUUCGAUGGCUUCCAUGGGCGUCAAAACAAAGACUCCGAAAGCUCCUGCAGGCAAUCGCAAACCACUGUCCUCUUCAGCACCCCGCAUGCAUCUUUCACUGUCUGGUGUAAUCGUUGCCGACAUGGUAUCACCGAAAAGGGCCUGGAGUUCAUCGAUUGCUGAAACCGUAAUCCCAGCUAGCCGUAGGGAGAACGUUGUUUGGGCAGAAAUGGAAGAUCGGGCGUACAUGUUUGGAGCAGUUCGGCUUGAUGAAGACCCAUUCACCGACAAGUUCUUGCACGAGCUGCGCUCCCGCCCGCAGGAUUUCCAGUUACUCAUUUGGAACGAGACAAAACCAGACACUAGUGUCGAGGAAUAUGGGUCUGCUGAAAAUGGGAAGGCCUUGCCGCAGAAGCGCGGAAGGCUAUUUGAGGCACCUCCCCACCCAGUACCAUCCGAGGGUCAAGGGCCUUGGAAUCCAGGACAAAGAAGCGCGCGCGAUAUCUUAUUUUCACCGGGAGGGAGUUCGGUGGGUCCACGGGGCUACAUAUCUACCCUGAGGACGGGAGAAAAGGGUUGGUUCUUCUCUGACAAGAAGUUCCCAGUGCGAUACAUCGUCAUUUUGGACACCAAACCCCAUCGAGAUGUUUCGACCCUCAGUCUUCAUGUUGCGUGGGCGGCUCUACGUGCAGGAGGCUAUGGCAGCGGGGAAUUCACCAUGGACAAAUACAAGAAAGCGUCCAAUGACAUGUUCGACAAGUGUGCCAAGGAGCGACUCGCGUUUAUGAAGGCGCCUUUCUACUCGACAUGGGAAACGACGAAGAUGGAAUGA